AUGGCUCUUCUGUCCUCGAUACUGGCGCUCCGGCAGGAUAAACGUCUACUCAAGCUACCGCCCUACCUUUCCGCGCUCUGCAUAAUCAUUGGCAUAGCAUGGCUCCUGGUGCUCCCCUUGAACGAAUACUCGCGAAGGACAUAUGUCUCUGAGAAUGCGCUCCUCCCGGGACAAGUACAUACCUACUUCACCGGCAGCGAGCACAAUGUCUUUCGAGCCUAUCGCCAUGAGGUCCAUGGAUUGAUAGAUAAGCCCAUCGCAGAGCGCUCACAGCGACUCGAAGCCAUCUUCCGUGAACAGAACCUCAAAGUCGCAACCCAGCACUACAACUAUACCGUCUCGAACCGGACCAUCGCGAACGAAAACGUCUAUGCUAUCCUCCAGGGUCCCCGUGCAGACGCAACCGAAGCCAUUGUUUUGAUCGGAGCAUGGAAGAACAUGGCAGACGAGGUCAACAACUCUGGCGUCGCAUUGGUUCUCACGUUGGCGCGCUACUUCAAGCGCUGGAGCCUUUGGAGUAAGGAUAUCAUCCUGCUCAUUCCUGGGGAUAGCACUAUCGGCUCGCAGGCCUGGGUUGAUGCCUACCACGAGGGACACGAUACACGUUAUGUUGAGAGCCUGAAGAUCAAGAGUGGGGCAUUGCAAGGCGCUGUCGCUGUAGACUAUCCUGCGGGUCCUUGGGGUCAUCGGUACGACAAGCUGCAUGUCGUAUACGAUGGCAUAAACGGCCAACUUCCCAACCUGGAUCUGUUCAACACUGCAGUGCAGAUUGCCUCCGGUCAGAUGGGCAUCGGCUGUGUGAUCCAGCGCAUGUGGGAUCACAAGGACUCCUACAAGGAGCGGCUCCAGACCAUGCUUCGAGGUAUGCUCUCGCAAGGCAUUGGUCAUGCAACUGGGCCUCAUUCGUCCUUUAUUCCAUACCACGUCGACGCCGUUACCUUGGUGACAGUUGGGGACGGCUGGCAUGACGAAAUGUCACUUGGCAAAACCGUCGAAUCGCUCUUCCGAAGCUUGAACAACCUCCUCGAACAUCUGCACCAGAGUUUCUUCUUCUAUCUUUUGCUACAAGAUAAGCGCUUCGUCAGCAUUGGCACAUAUCUCCCCUCGGCAAUGCUGAUCGCCAUCAACUUCAGCAUUGCGGCAAUGGCAUUGUGGGUGAAGAGCGGACGUAGCACAGAGCCUGUCAGCAAUCCCGCCGCCACAAAACCCAAAAAGGCGUCGACCGAGAAGUCCGCUCCGGCAGACACCAAGACAGCCGAGAAUGAGACUACCAAAGAUGAGCUCAAGAAGAAGGACACUGACUCUGAGACGGAGCAACCAGAAAAGAAAGAAGAAUCUGCAUCUAAACAACCAGCCACUGAGCUCGUCGAACAAGACGGCUCCCUAGCUGUUGUCCCCAAAGCCAGCACGACGAUAACAGAACGUCAUCUCCUCCUUCCCCUCAUUCUCGUCCUCACAGCCCAUGCUUCCGGCCUGAUCCCCCUAUACCUGUUCAACAACUGGGACACUGACCACCUCUCCAACCUUUUUCUCACAGCCAGCAAUCUAACCACGCUCGCUCCACUCAUCAUAACCUUUCUCUUUUGGUGGUCUGCCCCCGACGUGCUGACACCGCAGGCCCUUUGUCUGCUCCAGUGUUUCUCCCUGCUACUGCUAGGCAUGUUCCUUGCGGCCCUAGCAACGCUGAACUUUAGUUUGAGUGUCUUGGUCGGGGUGCUGUGCGUGCCAUUGGGCUUUGUACGCAAGAGUAACAAUCGUGGGGUUACUGGAAUGCAAUUACUGAUGCUGGCCAUGCUGAACCCUGUUCUGGUUAUACAAACUAUAACGAAGCUGCUAGGAGCCAACCUAACGGAUGUUCUUGUUCAGAGCGCGAUCGGGUGGCAUGUUUGGGGCAUGUGGACGCAGGUUGUUGUCUGGUUGGUCUGGUUCCCUGCAUGGCUUGCAGGAGCCGUGGUGGUUUCAACUGGAUUCUGGGAAUAG